UUGCUGCUCUUCCUCAACGGCGAUUGGCGCCUGGACACGAUCAUGCACCACUGUGACGCUACCAGGUGCAGCUGCAGCUCUGAGGAUGACGCUCGCGCCAAGAUCUUCGGCGCGUUGCUUGAGGCUGGGGCAGUGCUCGGGAGCGACGUCGGCCCGCCCUCGGUAAACCGCUGGGGAACUGCAACGACCGCGGCUGGGCAGAUCGCCCUGUUCAUCAUGUGCCACAGGGUGCUUCCGCAGUGCGCAGAGAUCGCGCUGAGAGACCUCUCGAGAGA